CACGCAUGAAAGACGCCGCCGCCGCCUCCGUCAGAGCCAUGGAGGAGCCAGAGCCGGAGUGCAGCUGCUCGGCAAGCAGGCACGAGUGCAGAUUUGAAGAUGCUACUUGCAAGAUACCUGAAUCUGAUACUGAAGACUUAUCUGAUGAAGCAAAUACUGAAACUUUCUAUGGAACCUCCCCUCCUAGCACACCACGGCAGAUGAAACGCCUGUCAACAAAACAUCUGAAAAGUAACAUUGGCAAACUUACCAAUCGUUCUGCUUCGAAAGAGAAAAUGAGCUCACCCAACCAGCUGCCUAACAAAGAUAAUAUUAAAAUCUCCGAGAACACAGAAGAGCACAGCUAUAAGCAGGGGAAAAAGCUCCGAGCCACCUUAAGGACAACUGAGAGGGAUCAUAAGAAAAACGUACAGUGUUCGUUCAUGUUGGACUCGGUCGGUGGGUCCUUACCAAAAAAGUCAAUUCCGGAUGUUGAUCUCAAUAAGCCUUACCUCAGCCUUGGCUGCAGCAAUGCUAAGCCUCCAGUAUCUGUACCCGUGCCUAUAGCCAAAACUACACGCCAGACGUCUCGUACCGAUUACCCAGCAGACCGCUUAAAAUUUUUUGAGACCCUGCGGCUGUUGUUAAAGCUUACCUCAGUUUCCAAGAAAAAGGACAAAGAGCAGAAAGGACAGGAAAGCACUUCCUCUGUUGAAUUAAACCGAUCCAACGAACUAAUCUGGCUUGAGCUGCAGGCGUGGCAUGCGGGGCGGACUAUUAAGGACCAAGACUUCUACUUGUACACAGCUCGUCAAGCCAUCCCUGAUAUUAUUAAUGAAAUUUUUACUUUCAAGGUAAACUAUCGGAACCUCUCCUGUGUGGGAAAUGGAGCUAGUCUUAAUGGUACGUCGGCAAGACAAUGUAAAGCAGCCCAUGGAGCUAAUGUAAUGGGUUACUCAAGCUAUCACGAGCACCUCCAUCGCCAGCGGGUCUCUUUUGAACAGGUAAAGCGGAUAAUGGAGCUGCUAGAAUACGUAGAAGCACUUUAUCCAUCUCUGAAGGCCCUUCAAAGUGACUAUGAAAAAUAUGCUGCAAGGGAUUUUCAGGACAGGGUGCAGGCACUUUGUCUUUGGUUAAACAUUACAAAAGAUUUAAAUCAGAAACUAAGGAUUAUGGGGACUGUUUUGGGCAUCAAGGAUCUUUCUGACAUUGGCUGGCCAGUGUUUGAAAUCCCUUCUCCUCGUUCGUUCAGGGACAAUGAUCUAGAGGAUGAAGUUUACAAUGAAGACGACGACGACGAUGAUGAUAGGGUAACCUCAGGUGCGUGCACAGAGGAAAGUGAAGAUGAAGAACAAAUCUCUGAGGAGAAUGUGGAGGAACUUAGACAAGCCAUCCGAAAUAAUCUUGCCAAUAAGGCAAAUUUUGAUUUUGAGGCACAGGACCAUUUGUCAAGAAAGCUUGAUAGGCUUGAAUCUGAAGAUGACUCAACCUGCUGGGCAGUUACAGAGUGCAGCGGAGAGACAGGCUGCGGCAGACAUUGUUUGACCUCUAUUUAUAGGCCAUUUGUAGAUAAAGCACUGAAACAGAUGGGGUUGAGGAAGCUCAUUUUAAGACUGCACAAGUUAAUGCAUGGCUCCUUGCAGAGGGCCCGAAUGGCAUUGAUAAAGAGCGAUCAGCAGCUGGAGUUUUCUGAAUACCCAGAUCCCAUUUUAUGUUCAGAUUAUGUGCAGUUGUCAAAUUCUCCAGCUUCUUCAGAUCAAAAAUGCAGUACUGUAUCAUGGGAAGAGUUGAAAUCUAUGGACUUGCCAUCUUUUGAACCUGCCUUUCUGGUUCUUUGCCGAGUUCUUCUCAAUGUUAUCCACGAGUGUCUCAAAUUAAGAUUGGAACAGCGGCCUGCUGGGGAGCCAUCCCUCCUGAGUAUUAAGCAGCUCGUGCGAGAGUGUAAAGAGGUUCUAAAAGGUGGCCUCCUGAUGAAGCAAUAUUAUCAGUUUAUGUUACGCGAGGUUGUAGAUGACCUUCAGAGCCACUGCAACAUUGACUCUUUCGAAGAAGACUUGCAUAAGAUGUUAAUGGUUUAUUUUGAUUACAUGCGAAGCUGGAUCCAAAUGCUACAGCAGUUACCUCAGGCAUCUCAUAGUUUAAAGAAUCUUUUGGAAGAAGAAUGGAAUUUCACCAAAGAAAUAACGCCUUAUAUACGAGGAGGUGAAGCUCAAGCUGGAAAACUAUUCUGUGACAUUGCAGGAGUACUAUUAAAAUCAACAGGAAUCUUUUUGGACUCUGGCUUACAAGAGAGCUGUAAUGAAUUUUGGGCUAGUGCUGAUGACAGUGCUGCUUCAGAUGAAAUCAGGAGGUCUGUUAUAGAAACCAGCCGGGCACUGAAAGAGCUAUUUCAUGAAGCUAGAGAGAGAGCAUCGAAAGCUCUUGGUUUUGCCAAGAGAUUAAGAAAGGACCUUGAAAUAGCUGCGGAGUUCACGUUAUCUGCCUCUGUGAGGGAUUUCCUUGUUGCUCUGAAAGCACAGCAGUACACAAAGGUACAAAUUCCUGGGCUUGAAAAUUUACAAAUCUUCAUGCCAGAUAAUUUUGCACAGGAAAAGUCUUUUAUCUUGCAGUUGCUUAAUGCAGCUGCUGGAAAGGAUUGCUCAAAAGAUUCUGAUGAGGUUGCAGGUGAACCGUUUUUACUGAUGACAAAAUACAGUGAAAAAGACCAAGAAUUUGAUGACAGCUGGAGCACUUGGGAAGGACAGCCAAUCAAAAUAGUUCCUCAAGUGGAAACUAUUGAUACACUGAGAAGUAUGCAGGUUGCCAACCUUCUUCUUGUGGUAAUGCAACCGGUUCAUCUUGUGAACCAGAGAAAAGCCUUUCAGCAGUUACUUGAAGGAUUGAUCUCUCUGCAGCAGGAGCAAACUUCCAGCCAACCAGUAAUUGCCAAAGCUUUGCAACAGUUGAAGAGUGAUGCUUUACAUCUGUGCAAUAAGAUCAGCAGUGCCAUUGAUAGAGUUGAUCAUAUGUUCACCUCUGAAUUUGAUGCUGAACUUGAUGAAUCGGAAUCUGCCACCUUGCAGCAAUAUUACAGAGAAGCCAUGAUUCAGUGUUACAACUUCGGCUUUGAGUAUCACAAAGAAGUCAUCCGACUAAUGUCUGGAGAAUUUAGACAGAAAAUAGGAGACCAGUAUAUCACUUUUGCAAGAAAAUGGAUGAAUUAUGUCCUCACUAAAUGUGAGAGUGGGCGAGGCACCAGACCCAGGUGGGCAACACAGGGGUUUGAUUUUCUUCAAGCCAUUGAACCAGCCUUUAUUUCUGCUCUGCCCGAAGACGAUUUCUUGAGUUUGCAGUCAUUGAUGAAUGAAUGUAUCGGCCAUGUUAUUGGAAAGCCUCACAGUCCUGUUACAGCUAUUCAUCGGAAUAGUCCUCGCCCCGUGAAAGUACCUCGAUGCCAUAGUGAUCCCCCAAAUCCUCACCUCAUCAUCCCAACACCUGAAGGGUUCAGGUAUGUAAAGCCUUAUCCCAAACUUUAUUACUUAUGA